AUGGCUUUUUCAGGGCCUCAAGGGGGUCUAAGUCAAGGGGACCACCUUUCCCCUUAUCUUUUUGUGAUUAUUAGAGAGGCGCUGAGCAAGAUACUCUACAAGGGGGAGGAGAAUGGUCUUAUUAGCGGCUUCAAAGUGUUUGAAAACAAAAUUCAAGCUAGCCACGACACUUUGCUAUUUUGUGAUGCAUACACAGAUUUUAUGAAUAAUUUGGUCAAAAUUCUUGUUUAUUCUAAAGUUAUUUCAAGGCUUAAGAUUAAUGUGGCUAACAGUGAAAUGCUGGGAGUUCAUGUUUUCGAUGAAGAAUUAUCACAGCUUGUGAAUGUUUUUGUGUGUAAGAAAUGUUUGUUCCCCUCCUCAUAUCUUGGUCUGCCUUUUUGCAUCGAGAAGCCUGCUAAGCGUCUAUGGGAAGGGGUAGUCAAAAGAAUCAAGAGGAAACUAGCAAGCUGA